CAAAGUUUCUCUGAAAGAGGGAUGCAAGAGUUUGCGAAGAAAAUUGUUGAUUCGAUUAAAGACUGAAGACAGUCCAUGAAACGAACCGGCCGUUUCAGCUGUGCGGCCUGGAGAGCCCGUAAAGUUUAACAAAGCGCGGGGGCUACAAUGUGAAGUGUCCUCUCACCUCGUUCUCCCGAGCAGCCCUCAGCGUGUAAAAGCCCAGGCGACGCAGCCCAGCUACCAUCGCGCUCAAUGGUAAUUAAUUCAGACGUAAGAUGAUAUGGAGUCUGAAGACGAAGUGGACGAAGAGCUGCCGGAGGCGAAACAUACAGAGGUGAGCCAGAAUGAUAACAUAGAGGUGUUCAAGACGAUGAAAAUUUCCACGAAACCGAUGUCCUCGAAGGCAUCUGAGCAAAGCGAGUCCCCUGAAGAAACGGUGACCGUUAUACCGUGCAAGUAUCCUGGUAAAACGAAGACGCAGGAAGAAUCAAAAUUACCUUUAAGUAGCAGUAUCAAGACUGACAUAAAGGACAGUGAAAUCGUGAGGAUCUGUAGAAGUAAGAGGAUCACUUGUCAAGACACGAUACACGAAUACGACGAGGACGAUGGACUUACUAUGGAGAAAGUUGGAAGGUACCUCGAGGCGCAUCCAGAAGCGGCGGAGGCCUGGCUCCGUGAAAACGCGAGCCUGGAGUUACGUCAACGACUUCAAGGUGUGGCUCUGCCGCAACCCAACUCGCCGACGAGGAGCAUACACCAGGAAGAGAACCUUCUGAGCCGGAGCAAACGGAACAGCGUCACUUCUGAUCUGUUCCAGAGCUGGCUGGCCUCUAGCUCGCCGGCAAAACGCAGCAGAAGUCCCAGCAGGACGUAUUCAUCUCUGGUGGGUCGAAGAGAAGAGCUCAACAGGUUGGACGAAAGCGACCUGUUCAUGGAGCUGAUCAGAGACGUGGCGAAUGAGCUGGAUAUCAACGUUCUCUGUCACAAGAUCCUCGUGAACGUUGGCCUCCUCACACAUGCAGAUCGCGGAAGCCUUUUCCUAGCCAAAGGACCUUUCGACGACAGAUAUCUCGUCGCUAAGCUAUUCGACGUGACUCAAGACACCGAAUUAGAGGAGGCUGUCCAACGUGCGAAAAACGAGGAAAUUAAAAUCCCUUUCGGCGUUGGAAUUGCCGGAUACGUGGCUCAAACUAAGGAGAUCAUCAACAUCAAGGAUGCUUACAAGGAUCCAAGGUUUAACAGUUCCAUCGACAUGCGAACGGGUUACAAAACGACGCUGAUCCUAUCGAUGCCAAUUUCUAAUUACGAAGGGGACGUGAUAGGAGUAGCUCAGAUAAUAAAUAAGACAAACGGCAGUAACGAGUUCACUGACAGAGACGUAGAAGUGUUUCAGAGGUACCUAACAUUUUGCGGAAUCGGCAUACAAAACGCUCAGCUGUUCGAGUUGUCCGUGCAAGAGUAUCGUAGGAAUCAGAUUCUACUGAAUCUGGCGAGAAAUAUAUUCGAGGAACAGAACAAUCUCGAGUGUCUAGUGACGAAGAUCAUGACAGAGGCGAAGGAGCUGUUGAAGUGCGCAAGAUGCGCCGUUUAUCUGUUAGAUUUGGACUGUGGCGAGGCAGGACACCUCGAAAAAAUCGUCGAACGACCGGGAAAGUCGACGCAAGAGAGCCGGAAACCGCUGUCAAGGAGAGAGAGCAACAACAUCGAGAUGGAGGAUAUUUUUACGCAACACGCAUUGAACGACCACAAUAAGUUCACCACGAUCUUCGAGAUGGACAACGAGACUCAAGAAGCGAAAGUGUACAGACCCAGUGGAAAUGAACUCUCGACUCCACUGGGACAAAUCGCCAAGUACGUCGCCGCCACUGGCCAGAUCCUGAAUAUUGGAGACGUGGCCACGUGGCUGAAGAAGGACGUCGUUCAGUCCGGAAGUGAACCUAUCAAGAGUAUCCUAUGCAUGCCCAUUGUAAACGGGCAGAGGACUGUGAUUGGCGUGGCACAAUUGAUCAAUAAGGACAACGGAACAUCGUUCACAGACUCCGACGUGUCGAUCUUCGAGGCGUUCGCCAUUUUCUGUGGUCUCGGUAUCCACAAUACCCAAAUGUACGAGUCAGCUUGCAAGCUAAUGGCCAAGCAAAAAGUUGCCCUGGAAUGUCUAAGCUACCACGCAACAGCCAGCAACGACGACACGUUAAAACUGACCUCAGAACCUAUACCAUCCGCGGAAUCUUUCAAUCUGUACAGUUUCACCUUCAUCGAUUUCGAUCUAACAGAUGAAGACACCUGUAGGGCUACCAUUCGAAUGUUCAAACAAUGUGACCUGAUCGGAAAGUUCCACAUUCCCUACGAGGUUCUAUGCAGAUGGGUUCUCAGCGUGAAGAAGAAUUACAGGCCAGUAAAGUAUCAUAAUUGGAGGCACGCUUUGAACGUCGCUCAAACAAUGUUCGCCAUGUUGAAAACUGGCAAAAUGGAGCAAUUUAUGACCGAUCUAGAAAUAUUGGGACUCUUGGUUGCCUGUCUAUGCCACGAUCUAGAUCAUCGAGGAACCAACAACGCGUUUCAAACGAAAACAGAGUCUCCGUUAGCUAUUCUUUACUCGACGAGCACUAUGGAGCAUCAUCAUUUCGAUCAAUGUGUGAUGAUCUUGAAUUCGGACAGCAAUAAUAUCUUCCAGAAUUUAUCGAUGGAGGAUUACAGAAAGGUGAUGAAAGUGGUCGAAAGUGCGAUUCUUUCCACUGAUUUGGCGGUUUAUUUUAAGAAGAAGAAUAAGUUCAUGGAACUGAUCGAUGAGGGAGAGUUCGACUGGCAGAGUGAAGAGAAGAAAGAACUACUCUGUGGAAUGAUGAUGACAGCCUGCGACGUGAGCGCCAUAGCAAAGCCCUGGGAAGUGCAACACCGCGUAGCCAAACUCGUCGCCGACGAGUUCUUCGACCAAGGUGAUCUAGAACGUCUCCAACUGAACCAGCAACCAGUCGCCAUGAUGGAUCGCGAGAGAAAAGACGAGUUACCACAAAUGCAAGUGGGUUUCAUCGACGUAAUUUGCAUACCCCUGUACAAAGUCCUCGCAGACACCUUCCCCUGGAUCAUGCCGCUGUACGAGGGCACAAUGGAGAACCGGAAGCACUGGCAAGACCUGGCAGAAAAAGUCGAGAUGGGUUUGACGUGGAUCGAUCGCGACACAAUCGACGAUCCAGUCGAAGAAUUCGUCUCGUACGAACCGAAAGACAUAGAAUUCACCGUCACGACUCUCAAUUGUGCUCAUUCAGACAGAAAAGACGUUCCUGAGAAGUCUGCGUUAGGAAGAUUCGCCUCGUUGCGAAAAGGUGGACGAACAUUGAGCAAAGGAGUUAGACAUCGAAUAAGCAGGUCACUUUACGCGAGAAGUACACCCGAGGACGCUGCUAAAUCGAAGGCUUUGAUUCCUGAUAGAAAGAGCAGGAAUAAAUUGUGUCUACUCAUUUGA